GACAAGCAAGAAUUUUAAUCCUGUAACCGGGCCUCCAAAAGCCAUUCACAAAGCGACACAAAAACAACGGGGCUGGGGCGGGGCAGGGGGAAAUUAUAACAGUUUGAGUUCAAUGAAGCUUUAAGGCAGGAGGGAAACGGGAUACCCGGCAAUUGCAGGCGGACAAUGGCUGCGCCCAGGUGUGCUGUCGGCGGGGAAUUAGCACCGGGCCCGGCCGGCCGCCGCGGCAGCAGCUUCGGGCGACCUCAGGAAUGCCUGCCGUCCUUUCAAGCUUCAAAGGUGCUGCUGGGGUGGGGGCGGCCGCCUUUGUGUCUGGGCGGCUUUGCGCGGGUCCCUCCCCAGCCAUUCUUCGCGCUGCCCUGCCCCUUCGCAUUCCGGCCCGCCCAGGGCCCCCGCUUUCUUCGGGGGCGGGCUGGGCUAGCGGCGCAGCCGAGAGUGUCGCCCGGACGGCCUCCGUCUUGAAAGGCGAAGCGCCCUCGGCGGCGCAGAUUAGGCCAGGCGAGGCUGACAAAGGGGCCUCCCUGGCCACCCACUCAGAGGCGCGCAGGUGCGCGGGGCCAGCCGGCGGCCUCUUUGCUCGGAGUCUGUGGGGAAGUCUGUGGAACAAGAGCCGGGCAGUCUUCCUGACACCGCGCGAGGCGGAGAGGGUCCUGGAGACAACUGCCAGAGCUGCCAGCCCCCGCUGGCCGAGCUGGGCGCGCCAGACAAGCGGCCUCCCCAAAACGCCGCCGCAGGACUUGCCGUCGGCCGCUUGCCCAGGCGCGGGAUACAGGGCGGGAGCGUGCUGUUACAGGCAAACAAAAGGGAGCUUUAAAAACCGACAUAUUUCCACGGCAAUAACUUUGGAUGUCCGGGAGGCCGCCGCAGCGCUUUCACUGCCGGCCGAGGCCUUCGGUAACGACCCCGCCGUGGAGAUGCUCUGGGCCAUGAAGGCGCACCAGCACGCCGAAGUCUACGAGAACCUCAUUUCUGCUGUUGAUCCCAAGUACCUGAAGCUUACCAAAGCUGAUGACCAGAUUUAUACUGAAUUCAGGAAGAACUUUAAAGACCUCAAGAUUGAUGUCCUUGAUCCUGAGGAUCUUAAAUCUGAACCUGCUAAAGAGAAAUGGCGCCCCUUCUGCUUACAGUUUGAUGGGGUAGUUGAAGACUUUAACUAUGGCACUCUCUUACGGCUGGACUGCAGCAAAGGUUACACGGAAGAGAACACUGUAUUUGCCACCAGGAUCCAGUUCUUCGCCAUCGAAAUAGCCCGUAACCGAGAGGGCAACAACAGUGUUGUUUACAACAGGGCCAAGGAAGCUAGUUCAUCCCAAGAAGUCAGCUCUGGUUGAGACCUUCUGAACUCAGACAUAGGCCAGUAAACUCAAAGGGAUCAUGGUUUUGUUUCAGUUGAGCAAGUGACUCCCUCCUUCUGCUCCCUAUCAAAAGCCGUAACUGCUGCUGGACAUCUUAAGAUGCCAAAAUGAACUAAAUCUUGGCUGUGCUGGGGAUGGGCUAAGUGAGGAUGCAGUUGACUCUGCUGGUGUCUGAAUAUUUUGGAAAUGAAUUCAACAAACAUCCUGAAUGAAAGUCAGAAGUGUGUUCUAGGUGUGCCAGAUCCCACAAGAUACAGAAUUAAAAUGGCAGAGCUUUCUUAAGAGCCAUGUGCUGAUCGUAGCCCCUCUGUAGUGUAAAGAAACUGAUAAUAAAACUGUUAUACUCCAUCUGGUGCCCAAAACUACAGAGAGGUGUCACUAGCUCUACAUGUAAUGCUGCAUUUGAAAUUUGGCACAUAGGAAGGGAGCACUGGCUCACAGAGAACACAAUACCUGUUUCCAAGUAAACAGGUGUAAGACUGGGAUCUAAGCACUGUUCCGUGGGACUUACUCAUAAGCAAGUGUGAACAUAAUUCUUUUCUAAUGGUUGUCAUAGGGCUAAAGCUGAGACCCUGUCUAUGUGGGCUUACUGAGUUGAGGUUUGUGGCCAAAUGUUUUAUAAUGUCAGAAUCCUGGUCAAGUUCUUAUGUCAUACACUUAAUAAACAUGGAUUAAAAAAGCA